UAGAACAUCUCUCGGUGGGUGAGGGAGGGGGAUCAGUCAUUGUUUUGGGAUUGCAUCACAAAAUCUUCAGAGGGUUUUCAGCCCGAACAGAAGAGCCCGGAUAGUCUGAGGUCACUUCUCACCGUGUAAAUAGCCGCCUUCGAGAUCGAUAUCCUCAAGAAAGGAGACACAAGAUCCCCAUUGACUGGCAUCCAGAGUAAGACAACCUACUGGAGGACGUCAGAGAGGCAUCAUGACACAGGGCAAGCUGUUACUUGCAAACAAGGCCACUGGGGGUUCCUCCAGUGGACAAGAUUUGGUGCCACCAUCUCCUCCCAGCUAUGAAGAAGCCACUGCAGGCACUAGUGCUCCGUGCUACAAUGAUGUUGAGAUGCUCUCUGAGUUCUCCUGGGAUGACUGCAACAUCCGAAGGAUCUUCAUCCGAAAGGUUUAUUCCAUCUUGAUGAUCCAGCUGUUGAUCACUCUGGCCAUCGUCGCUCUUUUCACAUUCUGUGACCCUGUAAAGGACUACAUUCAGACCAACCCUGGGUGGUACUGGGCCUCUUUCGCAGUGUUUUUUGUCACAUAUUUGACCUUGUCUUGCUGCUCAGCACCAAGGAGACAGUUUCCAUGGAAUCUUAUUCUGCUCGCCAUUUUUACUCUCUCACUGUCGUACAUGACAGGGACAUUGUCCAGCUUCUAUAAUACAAAGUCAGUAGUGAUGUGUCUGGGUAUCACAGCAGCAGUCUGUCUCCUCGUCACAGUCUUCAGCUUCCAAACUAAGAUUGACGUGACAUCAUGCCAAGGGGUGCUCUUUGUCUUCUGCAUGGUCAUGUUUAUCUCUGGGCUGGUGCUGGCAAUUGUUCUUCCCUUCCAAUAUGUCCCCUGGUUGGAUGCAAUCUACGCUGUUUUGGGAGCCAUAUUGUUCACGAUGUUUUUGGCAUUUGACACCCAGCUCCUCAUGGGAAACAAACGCUACACUAUGAGCCCAGAAGAUUACAUCUUUGCCACUCUCAACAUCUACCUAGAUAUCAUCUAUAUCUUCUCCUUCUUUCUCCAGAUCUUUGGGACAAAACGAGAAUAAACAAUCACUCUACUUUUCUUACCUAACAGACAGCAGAUGAACAAUUGGCCAGAUGUGAUAUGACUCCUUAAAAUAUUGUCGAUUGUGCUGGUAGUGCUUCUAAAUCUAACUGUAGCUUUAUGUUGUGCCUGACGUUAGUGAUGUAAUUACAUUGCAAUUUUCUUGUACAGCUAUGCAUGCACAUGGAUGUACAUUAAUAAGCAAUGAUAUCCACAAUGUCAAAAAAAAAACCAUUACCUUCUCUCUAGCAUGAUCUAAAACAAAACACAUUAUGGGUUAGCAUACUAGCUCUACCUUUUAAAUAGAUAGAGUGAUCUGUAUUCUCCCUUUACCUAAGGUAGAUAAAGCCUAGUGUGAGUGUUCAUGUGUAGCUGUACGGGUGUCAAUGCCUACUGAAUAUCACAAAAACUAACUACAGAUGUCAAUACUCUGUGAGGGAGUUUGAGUUAUUAUACAUCAUGCACGACUAAAAGAAAAUAACAAUGCCAUGUAUGGUUGUAGUCAUCCUAUCAUUGAACUAUUCCUGUGGGUUUUGACUUAGAGACUGAAAGCACAGAUCAUAAGAGACUUGAAGACAUUUCCCUCCUUUCUAGUAUUACAAAAUUUGAUUUUGAUUCUGACUUUGUUGAUGACCCUUUAAAAAUAAUAAGCAAAUUUUACUUGUUUCUGAUCUUGCUGUUUAUCUGUGCAUUGAUUUGUUUCACUGUAUACUUUCAGUUAUGUAUCUUGAUUUUUGCACCACUUUGCUUUAAUGCAGUGUUUAUUAGACCUAUUACACUUGUCUAAAUCAUUUGCAUCUUUAUACCUGCAUUCUUUUAAUUGAGUAUUUUGAGAAAUCAGUUUCCAAUAGAUAGAUUUUGUUUGAGAAACCUUAAUGAUGGCAAUAAACAUGUUGGUCUCAAUACAACAAAGCUUUAAGACACAGUUAAAUGUGGUGACACAUUGUAACUGAACAUAAAUAUGAUGAUGCCAUGUGUGCGUGGCUUUAAUGUGACUUUUGAUAAGACUUUUCGUGAAUGUUUAAAGUGCUGUGUUUCAUAAUAUCUGAAGUUUAUUUUUAUGACAGAAUGUUAUAUUCCAGAAAGUGAGUGAUAACUAUGACAAGUUUGAAGCCUGCCAUGGACUUUAAACUCUUCAGAAGUGGCCUUGGAUUAUAUUUCUAAUGAUAUUAAUGCAGUGUAUUGUUUAAGAUCAUCCUGCAUUUCACCUUGGCAUGGAUGUUGUUGUAUUUAUUAAAUGGUGAUCAUG